GCCCGGUCCACCGCAGCCUCGAACCGAGCAGCUACCCGCCUACCCCCACGAGUUUCGAGGAGGAACCCAGCGCACGGACAGUCGGACGCCCUCUCGGUCCAUGCACCCGGCCCAUCCCGUGCGCCGCGACCCGCCCCCGCCCCGCCCCCGUCCGCGGUUGAACCUGCUCCCUCACCGUCCGAUCAGCGAAUCUUGUUCCCCCUGCCCUGGAGCAGCUUCUGUUUUGCUCUUUUUCUAUCUCGCGACGCCAGUCUCGACCCACUCCCGUCCCUGCUGCACCCCCCUCCCUUUCUCUCCAUCUCUCUCGCUGCAAUGGUGUUCUCCUGCGAGGCGGCGGCGGCUACGUAGACGGGCGCAUCCUGGCUCGGAGAGAAGAAGGCGCCAUUUGAAGCUUGGAGGCCGUCUCCCUCAGAUUUAAGCAAAUCCCACCUCUGAUAUCUUCUCUCCUCCCUCCAAAUCGCCUUCUUGCGGCGUUUCUGUGAGCAUUUGGGCCGCCUCCUUGAGCUUCCGGCGCCCAAAAAACGCCUCCCUUUCUUGCUGCUCUUCGUGCCGGCGGGGCUACGAGUCGGGGCAGCAAUGCAGCAUCUCGCGCUGCUGGUUCUUGCCCACCUCGUCCUCCUGGUGGUGGCGGACGCCAAGGGCGGCGUGGCCGGGCUGGACGAUGACGUGCUGGGCCUGAUCGUGUUCAAGGCCGACGUGGUGGACCCAGAGGGCCGCCUCGCGACGUGGAGCGAGGACGACGCGCGGGCCUGCGCCUGGGCCGGCGUCACCUGCAACCCACGCACCGGCCGCGUCUCGGGCCUCUCCCUCGUCGGCUUCGGCCUCUCCGGCAAGCUCGGCCGGGGCCUCCUCCGCCUUGAGGCCCUACAGUCGCUCUCCCUCGCCCGAAACAACCUCUCCGGCGACGUCCCCGCUGAGCUCUCCCGCCUCCCGGCGCUCCAGGCGCUGGACCUCAGCGCCAACGCCUUCGCGGGCGCCAUCCCGGAUGGGCUCUUCAGCCGGUGCCGCUCCCUCCGCGACGUCUCGCUCGCCGGCAACGCCUUCUCCGGCGACAUCCCGCGGAAAGUCGGCGCGUGCGCGACGCUCGCGUCGCUGAACCUGUCCUCCAACCGCCUGGCCGGCGCGCUGCCCAACGACAUUUGGUCCCUGAACGCGCUGCGCACGCUGGACCUCUCCGGCAAUGCCAUCACCGGCGACCUACCGGUUGGCAUCAGCAGGAUGUUCAACCUGCGGGCGCUGAACCUGCGAGGUAACCGCCUCACUGGCAACCUCCCGGACGACAUCGGGGACUGCCCGCUGUUGAGGUCAGUGGAUCUCGGGUCCAACUCGCUGUCCGGCAAUUUACCAGAGUCCCUGCGGAGGCUCUCCACCUGCACAUACCUUGAUUUGAGCUCAAACGAGUUCACUGGGAGUGUUCCAACAUGGGUUGGGGAAAUGGCGAGCGUGGAGAUGCUGGACUUGUCAGGGAACAAGUUCUCAGGGGAGAUUCCAGGGUCUAUUGGUGGGUUGAUGUCAUUGAGAGAGUUGAGGAUGUCAGGGAAUGGGUUCACCGGUGGCUUGCCGGAGUCAAUCGGUGGAUGCAAGAGCCUAAUGCACGUUGAUGUGAGCUGGAAUUCAUUAACGGGUGGACUGCCUGGUUGGGUCUUUGCGUCCAGCGUGCAAUGGGUGUCGGUGUCGGAGAACACAUUGACCGGGGAGGUAUCAGUGCCUGUGAAUGCAUCGUCGGUGCUCCGGGGUGUGGACUUGUCGAACAAUGCCUUUUAUGGAGUUAUUCCAUUGGAAAUUUCGAAGGUGCAGAACUUGCAAUCGUUGAACAUGUCGGGGAACUCGAUGUCCGGAGGUAUUCCGCCUGGCAUUUUGGAGAUGAAGACACUGGAGGUUCUUGAUUUGACUGCUAACCGACUAAAUGGGAGCAUUCCAGCUGCCAUUGGAGGAGAGUCAUUGAAGGAUUUGAGGCUGGGAAAGAACUCCCUCACCGGCAAAAUCCCACCUCAGAUUGGCAAUUGUUCUGCGCUUGCAUCUCUGGAUCUUUCAAGUAACAAUCUAACAGGAGCAAUUCCGGAAACUAUAGCCAACCUUACGAAUCUUCAGAUUGUUGAUCUUUCUCGGAACAAGCUCACUGGUGGUCUACCAAAGCAGCUAUCUAACCUCCCGCACCUCCUGCAUUUCAAUAUUUCACAUAACCAGCUGUCUGGGGAUCUCCCUCCUGGUGGCUUUUUUGAUACAAUUCCCCUAUCAUCUGUGGCGGACAAUCCUGGCCUUUGUGGUGCAAAGCUAAACUCUUCUUGUUCUGGUGUGCUACCAAAACCAAUUGUGCUGAACCCAAACUCUUCUUCUGAUCCGCUAUCACAGACCGAGCAUGUGCCUGAUGGUGGCCCACAUCACAAGAAAACCAUACUGAGCAUCUCAGCCCUUGUUGCAAUUGGUGCUGCUGCUCUAAUUGCUGUUGGUAUCAUUACCAUUACUGUUCUUAACCUUCGAGUGCGUCCCCCUGGAUCUCAUUCUGCCGCUGUCCUGGAACUCUCAGAUGGAUAUCUCAGCCAGUCACCCACAACUGAUGUGAACGCCGGCAAGCUUGUCUUAUUUGGAGGAGGAAAUCCAGAAUUCAGUGCCAGUACCCAUGCCCUUCUGAACAAGGACUGCGAGCUUGGGCGUGGUGGUUUUGGCACUGUCUACAAGACCACUCUUCGGGAUGGGCAACCUGUUGCCAUCAAGAAGCUCACCGUGUCAAGCUUGGUUAAAUCUCAAGCUGAAUUUGAGAGAGAAGUGAAGAUGCUGAGCAAGCUACGCCAUCGCAACCUCGUUGCACUAAAGGGAUAUUACUGGACGCCAUCACUUCAGCUUCUUAUUUAUGAGUUUGUCUCUGGGGGUAACUUGCAUAAACAAUUGCAUGAUUCAUCCACCACGAGUUGCCUCUCGUGGAAGGAAAGAUUUGAUAUAAUUCUUGGUAUAGCAAGAAGCCUGGCUCAUCUCCACAGACAUGAUAUUAUCCACUACAAUCUGAAAUCAAGCAACAUUCUGCUUGAUGGAUCAGGCGAGGCUAAGGUGGGAGAUUAUGGGUUGGCAAAGCUACUUCCAAUGCUUGAUCGGUAUGUUUUAAGUAGCAAGGUACAGAGUGCACUUGGCUACAUGGCUCCAGAGUUUGCAUGCAGAACUGUGAAGGUCACAGAAAAAUGUGACAUGUACGGAUUUGGCGUUCUUAUUCUUGAGAUCCUGACAGGGAGGACACCGGUGGAGUACAUGGAAGAUGACGUUAUUGUGCUCUGUGAUGUGGUGAGGGCUGCUUUGGAUGAAGGGAAGGUGGAAGAGUGUGUUGAUGAGAGGCUCUGUGGAAAAUUUCCACUGGACGAGGCUGUUCCGAUCAUGAAACUCGGUUUGGUCUGUACCUCUCAGGUUCCUUCUAAUAGGCCAGACAUGUGCGAGGUGGUGAACAUCUUGGAGUUGAUCAGAUGCCCCCAGGAUAGCCCGGAGACCGAAUUAGGUUAAGCUCUAUCUACUUUGUUCCCCUUUUUGUUGGGUUUUUGUUCAUUUUGAAAUCCUUCGUUGCUUGGUAACUGGUCAAAUGAUGAAAGAUGAAGGGAAUUCUAUCUAGUGUUCUUUAGAUAAUAGGAACGAAGUGUGAAGUGUCUAGCUAGUCUUUUGAUGGUUAAGGAAUCAUGUAAUGCAUGCAGUAGUUUCAUGGCUUCCCGGGGUGUUGAUGUGUUUGACUUCGAUCCUCAUCAGUAAGGUGUAUGUUGUGGAUCCUCUCACAUCAGUCCUGGUGGCUUCCUUGCAAGAUCACUGUAAUUUCAGUUUCAGUUAUGCAAUUUGUUCAGCUCUCCUGUCAUCUCUCAUA